AUGGAGAAUGGUGCAUCGUCCGAAGGGAAGGACCCUUCCGCCUUCCUGGGUGAGAUAAUUGGCGCACCUGUAACAGUCAAGCUGAAUUCGGGUGUGGUGUACAAAGGCGAACUCCAGUCAGUAGAUGGCUACAUGAACAUCGCUCUGGAGAAGUCCCAAGAAUAUGUCAGUGGGCAGUUGUCACGCAGCUACGGAGACGCCUUUAUCCGUGGGAAUAACGUGUUAUAUAUUGCUGCGAACUGA